GUAUUUAAUAAACCCAUAUUUCUCACACGACCUUUCACCUCUAAAGACUCUCCAACAUAAAAUAAAACUUGCAAGGUAAAAUAUAAACGUAAACUUUGCCAAGUUUUCUUCUCUAAGUCUAACUCACACUCCCACGAAACCUUAAAACGUUUUUCCUCCACAACUCAGGAAAAAAAAAUACACUAACGUUUUUUGUUUGUGUUUGGUCUUCUGACUACAAGGUUUUUUUUUUCUCACAGACAUUCUCCAUGAAAGACAAAGCCUUUGUUCCCGCGGUUUUGUUGUUCUGUUUUUGGGUUCUGCUGAGUUCAGGGUCGUCGAGACUGUUGCAGAGUGAUGAUAAAGGUAAUGAGUUGAAGAAUUACAUAAGCUGGGAAGACAUGAGAGUUGUGGAAGAAGUUGGAAGAGAGAGGAGGAGCUCCAGCGUUAAGGUGAAGGAUAAUAAUAUGGUAAACCAAGAAAGUAAUAUGGCGACUGUAAACGCGAGCAGGGUGAUCGUGGUUGAUAAGAGAGGAAGAGGAGACUCUGUUACAGUUCAAGGAGCUGUUGAUAUGGUUCCCGAUUCCAAUUCUCAAAGAGUUAAAAUCUUAAUUCUUCCCGGCGUUUACAGGGAGAAGGUGAUAGUGCCGAGGACAAAACCGUACAUAUCCUUCAUAGGCAAUGAGAGUUACGCGGAGUACACAGUCAUUACUUGGAGCGAUAAGUCCUCAGACCCUUAUAGCAAUGGUACUGAACUCGGCACUUACAGAACCGCCACUGUUGCAAUCGACUCUGAUUUCUUCUGCGCCACUGCCAUCACUUUCGAGAACACGGUGGUGGCAGAGGCGGGAGAGGAAGGGAAGCAAGCGGUUGCGCUAAGGGUAACAGGGGACAAGGCAAUGUUCUAUAAAGUCAGGGUUUUGGGAUCACAAGACACUCUUAAUGAUGCAACUGGUUCUCACUACUUUUUCCAAUGCCACAUCCAAGGAAGUGUCGAUUUCAUCUUCGGCAACGCCAAGUCUCUUUACCAGGACUGUGAUAUCCGCUCAACCGCAAGGAGAUUUGGUGCGAUCGCAGCUCACCAUAGAAGUGAAGAGAGUGAUGAUACUGGUUUCUCCUUUGUGAACUGUGACAUCGGUGGAACCGGGAAGGUUUACCUGGGGAGAGCUUGGGGUAACUACUCGACAACUGUUUAUUCAAACUGUUACAUUGCUGAUAUCAUCACUCCUGUGGGCUGGAGUGACUGGGACGACACUGACAGGCAAAGUAAGGUGCUGUUCGGGGAGUAUAACUGCAGGGGAAGAGGAGCAGAGAGAAGAGGUCGAGUGCCGUGGUCAAGGAGUCUUACCCAAGAUGAAGUGAAGCCUUUUCUUGGGAGGGAGUUCAUAUUUGGAGAUCAAUGGUUGAGACUCUAAAACACUUACUGACAAAGGGUACCGUUCAGCUAACAGGAGAUGAUGACCUAAUCAUACUUUUAAUAUACAUUGUGUAAUUAGUACUAAAACUGAGCGCAGAGAGAAACAGAAUCUGCGUGCUUUUAAACUUUUAUUAAAAGAUUUGAUUUUGGUUUU